UUCCCCCGGCCUCUGUCGGGGGCGCGAUGACGGCCCGCCUGGAGCCUCCCCAGCGGCGUCCUGGAGUCGGGAUAGGCGUAGUGGUAAUUAGCAGCCAGCAUCCUCGUUGUGUCCUCCUGGGCAAGAGGAAAGGGUCAGUUGGAGCCGGCAGUUUUCAACUUCCUGGAGGCCAUUUGGAGUUCGGUGAAACGUGGGAAGAAUGUGCUCAAAGGGAAACCUGGGAAGAAGCAGCUCUUCACCUGAAAAAUGUUCGCUUUGCCUCAGUUGUGAAUUCCUUUGUUGAGAAAGAAAAUUACCAUUAUGUGACCAUACUAAUGAAAGGAGAGGUGGAUAUGACUCAUGACCCGGAACCCAAGAACACAGAGCCUGAAAAAAAUGAAAGUUGGGAGUGGGUUCCCUGGGAAGAAUUUCCUCCACUGAACCAGCUUUUCUGGGCACUGCGUUGUUUAAAGGAACAAGGCUACAAUCCAUUUAAAGAAGAUUUGGAUCAUCUGGUAGAAUACAAAGGACAUCAUCCUUGGGGGUACAAGAAGAAAACCUGAUUUAUUUUAAAAAGACAAAAGAAGGUCCUGUUAGAAAAUGAAAAAUAUCUACAUUUCAGAACAACUCCAUUUUAUUUAGAAAGUUCCAUAUGAUUGUCAGUUUAUUUGAUCUCUCUUAAUAUACCCAACACCCUUUCAGCCAGUACUUGUGAAAAAUUUUCGGGCAUUAUGUCGUGAAGUGCACUUCAGACUCAGCGUGACAAAUGGUGGUAUUGUGGCACUUCUGCUCUCUGUAUUUCUUUGUGAUUUUUACUGUGCAGUUUGUCAUGACCAGCUUGCAUGGGGUGGAGGGCAGUAGGAUUUGCCUUAGUGUUUCCGUUCAAAUAGAGAUCCUAGUUCAGAUGCUAACACAGUGUGCCUGUUGCAGAAUUUAUCCUGUCUGUUGAUUUUCCUCUUCUGUUUUAUUUAAAGCAAAAUUUUUAGUACUGAAUUAUGACCGUCCUUGCACCUGGAGCAACAGGACAGGUCAUUAGGGUGUAUGUCCCAGAGUUCUGAUUCAGAACCUACCUCAAGAGAAGUGAGACAAACCGCCUGAGAUAUUACCCUGUCAUUAACAGGCCAUGUAAUUUUGGAUUUCUCACCUAAUCUCUGUGAGAUCCAACUUCCUUAUAUCUAAAAGAAGAGUAGACUAGGGCACUGGUUCUCAAGGUGUGGUCUGGGGAGGUCUGUGAGACCCUUUCAAGGGCACUCAAGGUGAAAGCUGCUUUCAUAAUACCAGGACAUUAUUUGCCUUUUCCACUGUCAUUCUUUAAUGAGUGUACAGAGGAGCUGUCCAGAGGCUAAGGGACAUGUGAUAUUGUAACAGACUGAAUGCAAGAAGAAACCAGGCAAGCCUCAUGGAUGAUACUCUUCAUAGGUUUAUCUCAAAUAUAGUUGAUUGGGAAUUCAUUGAUUCCUUUUUUUAAAAUUUAAAUUCAAUUAACAUAUAAUGUAUUAUUGGUUUCAGAGGUAGAGGUCAGUGAUUCAUCAGUUAUAUAUAACACCCAGUGCUCUUUACAUCAUGUGCCCUCCUUAAUGCCCAUCACUCAGUUAUCCCAUACCCCCACCCCACUCCCCUCCAGCAACUCAGUUUGUUUCCUAUGACUAAGAGUCUCUUAUGGUUUGUCUCCCUCUCUGAUUUUAUCUUGUUUUAUUUUUUUUCCUCUCUUCCCCUAUGAUCCUGUUUUGUUUCUUAAAUUCCACAUAUCAGCGAGAUCAUAUCAUAAUUGUCUUUCUAUGAUUGGCUUAUUUCACUUAGCAUAAUAACCUCUAGUUCUAUCCACGUCAUUGCAAAUGGCAAGGUUUCAUUUUUUUGAUGGCUGAGUAGUAUUGCAUCGUAUAUAUAUACAUCUUCUAUGUCCAUUCAUCUGUCAAUGGACAUCUGGGCUCCUUCCGUAGUCUGGCUAUUGUGGGGAAUUCACUGAUUCUUUAGGCUAGAACUUAUCACCAAGCAGAUGUGUUACAGCUUCAGAGACUUACCACAAACCUGUAGAGUUUUUCCACAUCAGCUACUUUAAAUUUUUGAUAGACUCAUUAGGAGCUUGUGAGAUUGUUUGUUUUAAAUUCACCCAAUUAGACAUGAAGGUUUAUUGCAAUGGAAAUUAAAAACUAACCUGGGCUGUUAUUUAUAGGGAAAGGUGAAAGGAUAAGUUUCAUAUUAGAAGGGGAUUGCAUUUAUCCCAGUACCUAAUAUGCUCAGUUGGCAUCCCAUAAUCACUCAGUAAAUAUUUCUCUAAAUAAACAGAUGAACGGAGGAGGAUUUAGAACUCUUAUGUAAGCAGUUAAUUCUUAGGUGAUUUGAGAAUUGCCUUUAAUGGAAAAAAACGAAUGUUGACUACUAGCAAUAUUCUCUUAAGAUUAAAUGUCGGCUAGAGUUCCUGAGGUAUACCUCACCCUGCCAGGAUGCUGGGGAACCUGAAAUAUCUCUUCAUCUGUUUGCUAGAUCAAGCCCGGAGGUGUCCUGUAUCCCCAGAUAAGCAAGUGCGGUAUCCUAGCAAAAGCAUUCCCAGUAGAGCAUGAUGUGAAUUCAGCCUCCCUUACCUCCACUUGGAAGAGACAGUUCCCUGAUAGCUUAACUGCUAGCUUUCCAAAUAAGGCAAAUGCUUUCAGAUGAAACAUUCUCUUUGGGGCAGCAAGGAUCAUAUUAACUGGGAACUGUGGAGAAGGAAAGCUCAGGGAGUCAUCUCUGUGGGAGAACACAAAGUCUUGUUCCAACAUAAAAUCAAUCACAUGUCAAUGCUGCCUUUUAAAAAAAAUAAUUAGAUUAUUUAUGUUGUACUGAAUUUGAACCCAUCACACUUAAUCCCAAAUUCUCAUUCUAGACUUCCUCCCAUUUUUAUGUUUAAAAUGUUUAAGUAUUUGGCUUUUUGCAUAAUAAUAUUGCUUAGAGUUCAGUAUAAAUAUCAUUAAACACCUAUCACAGUACUUAGCACACCCCUCUGGUUGGCUAACUAACUGAGGUAAAAUACACAUGACAACAUUUGCCCUCUGACUUAUUUUUGACAGUAUACCUAGAAUGACUUUUCAAAAACUUGAAUCUGAUGGUCAUUUGGCUUCUUUUCAAUUGAGGCUGUUACAAAUAAAGCUGCUGUGAGCACUUGAACAUGCUUUC